AUGAUGGAGAACCAGACCAUCAUUAUCGUCACCACCACCACCACCACCACCACCCCCUCCCCGGGGCCUCAGCAGAUGCUCAGCAAGCAGACGGAGACAGUCUUCACGGUGGUCAAUGUGGUAGUGCUGUCCGAGUUGAUCUCUCUGUUUGGGAUCUUCACCAACACCAUCACCAUCAUCGUGCUGGGCAGACAAGGUUUCCAGCGUACCAUCAACAUCAGCCUGAUGGGGAUGGCCGUCUCAGACCUGCUGUCUCUCGUAUCUCUGGCAUGUCUGUGUGUGGGCAACAACCCCUGGCUCAUCGACUCCAGUGUGCCCUUUGACCCCAUUGGCGUGUUUUACCUGACCACAGGAUGGCCCAACACGGCCUUUGCCCGUAUCACCGGUUGGAUCACCGCCUUCAUCGCCGUCGAACGCUGCCUGUGUGUGGCCAUGCCCCUCAAGAUCAAGAGCGUCCUGACCCACGGGCGCUCCCUCUUCAUCAUCGUCUGCAUCUACGUGGGCGUCAUCGCUGGGGUGGCGCCCAUCUACUGGACGGCCGCGCUGGACAGCAAGUUCGACGUGGCCAAAAACAAAACCGUGGUUGCCCUCAGCCUGAUCGGGGCCAACCGGGAUGAGAUUAAACGGGUUGCUCUUAGCAUCAACAACGUCUUCUCUCCCUUCACAAGCUUCGGUCUAGUCAUCGUCUGCACUGCAGUACUGGCGAUUAAACUUCACGGGAAAUCAAAAUGGCGGAAAACAGUUACGAGAAAUUUUGACCCGGUUAAGACCCCACUCCCAGAUACAAACAUAUCUACGGAAAUGAAAUAUCCAAUUUCUGUAAAAGAUACCGGAUCCGUGAAUCAAAAACCGGAAGUUUCGGAAAAAUCAAAAGACCCGACUGGCGCUAAGGAUAUGAAAGUGAUCAAACUUGUCGUGGCUCUGUCGUCUAUCUACAUCGUGAGCUCCGUACCGGCCGUGCUGCAUUAUUUCUGGAUGAUCCUUGACCCCCAGUACACGGUGGUGGGGCGCCAGUCCAACGUGCACCUCUCAGUGGCCGGCAUCACCUUCGUCUUCCAGGCGGCCAAUUCCAGCGUCAACAUGUUCGUCUACCUCACCAUGAGCUCAAGCUUCCGGGACGUCUUCUACACCCUGCCGCUCUUCAGGGCGUGUGGGAGGCAGGCCAAGAAAAUGUGA